AUGGACGAGAUUGAUCUGCGUGCCUACAUCGGGCUGCUAAUCUUUGCGGGUGUCUACAGACCUGCAAGACAUGCGAUAGACAAACUAGCGGCCAUAAGAGAGGUCUGGGAGAAGUGGGUGGAGCGUCUGCCAUACCGCUACAACCCUGGGCCUGAAGUAACAGUGGAUGAGCAACUGGUUCUAUUCAGAGGUCGCUGUCCUUUCUGUCAGUAUAUGCCCAGUAAGCCAGCAAAGUAUGGCAUCAAGAUAUGGGUGGCCUGUGAUGCACAAUCCAGCUACGCUUGGAAGAUGCAAGUCUACACAGGGAAGCCAACCAAUGGAGGCGCAGAGAAGAACCAGGGGAUAGGGGUUGUGACAGAUGGACUGAGGGGUUACACUGAGCUCCCCUCUGCACUCCUCACAACAAGGGGGAGAGAGGCCUUCUCAUCAAAGUUUGUCUUCACCCCCACCACCACUCUAGUUUAUUACCUCCCAAAGAGGAACAAGUGUGUGUUCCUCCUGAGGACACUGCACAAAAUGGCUGAGAUCAGUGAUCGGGAGGACAUGAAGCCAGAUAUCAUCCUGGACUACAACCACCUAAAAGCAGGAGUGGACAACCUGGACAAGGUGACUGGAAGCUGUAGGAGGAUGACUGUCCACUGGCCCCUGGUCAUCUUCCAUAACAUCAUUGAUGUGUCCUCAUUCAAUGUCUUUGUGAUUUGGAACAAGACCAACCCUACCUGGAUGCCUGAUAAGCAGAACAAGAAGAGGGUGUUCCUAGAGCAGCUGGAAAAGGCACUUAAACAGAUUCCACAUGUCCCCUCUAAGCUGCACACACUCACCUCCAGGACUGCCACACAGAAGAAAUACCAGGCCAGAGAACACACAGAGAACAAGAGACACAGAGAAGAGAUUGAACUCCACUGA